UUAGUCUAUAUUUCAUGUCGGCUUGUUCACAUAAAGCACCAAAAGAAAAGCUGUCUUCCUUUUGUUCAGCCCCUCUGAUUUCUCGGCGACAAGUCAGUUUUCUCCACUUUGGUCCUUCAGACAUCACCUUGUUACCUUAAUCCACACGAAGUGUAGUUCCCAUUUCCUCCUUCUCCAUUUUGGUUCAUUCUCUGGGCUUCUUCAUGCUGCUCAUGACUGUGGUGCCUACAAGGUCAUUCAUUUCGGCUUGUUUUUAUGUUUUGGCUUCUUGGACACCCUCAGCUUGAUUUGGUUUCAGCUGCAAGGUUCUUGUUUUUUCGUUUUGAAGUGUUGGUUCUGGCUGUAGCAGAAUUCCAUUGAGUCCUUGGAUGUUGGCGGAGGGAAUUGCAGAAAGGGGAGACUUUGUGCUGUGGUUCUGCUAGUUUUUGAAUUCGAAACUUGUGGGGUUGGAGGCAACAAUUAGAAGCAUUUCUGGGAAUAAAAGGGUGAGCUUUUUGUUACUUCUGCUCGAUGUUAUUAGAGAACUUUGUGGUAGGUACCGAAAGGGGGUCUGCAUCUUCUUCUUUGCUUCUGGGAAAGUGUUGCAGCUUUUUUUGGACUAUGAGUUGGAGUUAGAAUUGUUGCUUUUGUGGAAGACUUGGCGAACAAGGUUAAAUCUUGUUUCAGGAAGAAGAGUGUUGAACUUGUUUGGGGUCAUCACUUUAACAGGUGGUAAUGAAGGCUCCUCCAAAUGGCUACUUGCCUAAUUCCGGGGAAGGGGAAAGGAAGACCAUCAAUUCAGAGUUAUGGCAUGCAUGUGCUGGACCAUUGGUUUCCUUACCUCCUGUUGGAAGUCUUGUGGUUUACUUUCCUCAAGGACACAGUGAGCAAGUUGCAGCAUCCAUGCAAAAGGAGGCUGACUUCGUUCCUAGUUACCCUAACCUUCCAUCCAAGUUGAUUUGCAUGCUUCACAAUGUUGCUCUUCACGCUGAUCCUGAAACUGAUGAGGUCUAUGCACAGAUGACCCUUCAACCUGUUACUAAAUAUGACAAGGAAGCAAUAUUGGCAUCUGACAUGGGUCUCAAACAAAACCAACAACCUACUGAGUUCUUUUGCAAAACUCUUACAGCUAGUGACACAAGCACUCAUGGUGGAUUCUCUGUGCCUCGCAGAGCUGCUGAGAAAAUAUUCCCACUUCUGGAUUUUUCAAUGCAACCUCCAGCUCAGGAGAUUGUUGCCAAAGAUUUGCAUGACAGUACUUGGACAUUUAGACAUAUUUAUCGAGGACAACCAAAGAGGCAUCUAUUGACUACGGGUUGGAGUGUCUUUGUUAGCACAAAAAGGCUCUUUGCUGGAGAUUCAGUUCUUUUUAUCAGGGAUGAAAAACAACAACUUCUUUUAGGUAUUAAAAGAGCUAACAGACAGCAGCCAGCACUAUCUUCAUCAGUAAUAUCCAGUGACAGCAUGCACAUUGGCAUUCUUGCUGCUGCAGCUCAUGCUGCUUCAAAUAACAGCCCAUUUACUAUUUUCUAUAAUCCAAGGGCCAGCCCCGCUGAAUUUGUAAUUCCAUUGGCCAAGUAUAAUAAAGCUCUCUACAAUCAAGUUUCCCUUGGAAUGAGAUUCAGAAUGAUGUUUGAGACCGAGGAGUCAGGGGUGCGCAGACAUAUGGGUACAAUCACUGGGAUCAGUGACUUGGAUCCUGUCAGAUGGAAGAGUUCACAGUGGCGCAAUCUUCAGGUUGGAUGGGAUGAAUCAACAGCUGGUGAGCGCCCAAGCAGAGUUUCAAUUUGGGAUAUUGAACCAGUAGUGACUCCUUUCUACAUUUGUCCUCCUCCAUUUUUUAGGCCGAAGUUUCCCAAGCAGCCAGGAAUGCCAGAUGAUGAUUCUGAUAUAGAAAAUGCUUUCAAGAGAGCUAUGCCCUGGCUUGGAGAUGACAUUGGAAUGAAGGAUGCCUCAAGUUCAAUCUUCCCAGGUUUGAGUUUGGUGCAAUGGAUGAGCAUGCAGCAGAAUAAUCAGUUCUCCGCUGCCCAAUCUGGAUUUAUGCCCCCAUCCAUGCUUUCAUCCAAUACACUGCAUGGUAACCUUCCCACUGAUGAUCCAUCCAAAUUAUUGAACUUUCAAGCUCCUGUCCUCUCUGCACCAAAUCUACAAUUUAACAAACCUAACUUACCAAACCAAGUCAACCAAUUGCAACAACCCCAAACAUCAUGGCCACCGCAGCAGCAACAACAGCAGAAGGUGCAGUCACUGAUGCCAACAACCUUAAACCCGCUCCAACAGCAGCAACAGAGGCAACAACAGAUGCCUGUACUGCAAAACCUGUCACAACCACAGCAACAACAGCCCCAAAUGCCUCAACAGAGAGCACAACAGCCACAGCAACAGCAACAGCAGCCAUGUCAACAGACCAUCAUGAAUAAUGGGGCAGUUUCUUCUAAUCAGAUUCCAAAUCAGUGUGUGCAGCAACCAGUGACAUACUCCCAGCUUCAGCAACAGCAAUUACUCUCAGGAAAUAUGCCACCCCAACAAAGUUUUCAAUCACCCAAUAAGAAUGCAUUGCUGAUGACAUCCUUACCGCAAGAAUCUCAGUUUCAACAGCAAAUAGACCAGCAAGCUAGUCUCUUACAGAGGCAGCAGCAACAGACACAGUUGCAAUCAUCUCCGUUGCAGUUAUUGCAACAAAGCAUGUCACAGAGGGCACCACAGCAACCACAAAUGACACAAAUGUCACAGCAAAACAGCUCAGAGCAACAACCACAGUUGCAGUUGCUACAGAAAUUGCAGCAGCAACAACAGCAGCAACAGCAACAACAGCAACAACAACAACUCCUUUCCACUUCUAGCCCACUUUUGCAGUCUCAGCUUCUACAGCAACAAAACCAGCAAUUACCGCAGCUGCCUCUAUCACAGUGUCAUCAGCCUCAACAGCUUGGCAACAAUGCUUUCUCAAUGGAGAAGCUUUUCAAUGGCAACAACUACUCUUCUUCGGCUUUGAUGCAAACACAGCAGCUUCCUAUGAACCAAUCCCAUAAUACACAGAAAUCAUUAACUAAUACUAGAGCUCCUUCAACACUUACAGAUGGAGAUGCCCCAUCAUGCUCAACUUCACCGUCUACUAAUAAUUGUCAGAUAUCUCCUUCAAAUCUGAUUAAAAGAAAUCAACAGGUACCAACCCCAUUAGGAGGACCUUCGGUAGUUGAACCAACCAAUCAUUUGAUACAGGAGCUUCAUAGAAAGUCUGAGAUGCAGAUCAAACACGAAUUACCCGGUGUAAGAGGACCUGACCAGCUGAAGUGCAAAGGGACAAUUGCAGAUCAGAUGGAAGCUUCUUCUGGAACAUCUUACUCUAUUGAUCCUAAUAAUAUCCACCAGAACUUCCAACUUCCCAGUUUCUGCAUGGACGGUGAUGUCCAAUCACACCCAAGAAAUAAUCUUCCAUUUGCCUCUAAUCUUGAUGGAUUAACACCUGAUACUUUGCUCUCAAGAGGGUAUGAUUCUCAAAAAGAUCUUCAAAACUUGCUGUCCAAUUAUGGUGGUGCUCCAAGAGACAUUGAAACCGAGCUGUCCACUGCUGCCAUUAGUUCACAGCCAUUUGGGGUGCCAGACAUGCCUUUUAAGCCUGGAUGCUCCAGUGACAUUGCAAUCAAUGAUCCUGGGGUUUUGAAUAAUGGCUUGUGGGCUAGUCAGACUCAAAGAAUGAGAACAUAUACUAAGGUUCAAAAAUGUGGCUCUGUUGGAAGAUGCAUUGAUGUCACCCGUUACAAGGGAUAUGAUGAACUCCGGCAUGAUUUGGCUAGGAUGUUUGGAAUUGAAGGGCAGCUAGAAGAUCCUCAAAGGACAGAGUGGAAACUAGUCUACGUAGAUCAUGAAAACGACAUUCUUCUUGUUGGUGAUGACCCUUGGGAAGAAUUUGUAAGCUGUGUCCAGAGCAUAAAGAUAUUGUCAUCUGCUGAGGUACAGCAAAUGAGCUUAGAUGGAGAUUUAGGACAUGUUCCUGUCCCCAAUCAAGCUUGUAGUGGGACAGAUAAUGGCAAUGCAUGGAGGGGACAGUAUGAUGAUAACUCUGCAGCCUCGUUUAACCGAUAAGGAUGUCUAGUAUUGACAUUUUGGAGCAGUCAUCAACUUGUAUAUUCUGAGACAUGGAAGAAGACUAACUUAACCCUUAAAAUUUCUUGUUGGUGUUUCUAUAUAUCACCAGUGGAAAGGAGAUAAAUUCAUUGCACGGGAUGCAGAUGAUGGGGUAGUGUAGAGCAGGUUGAUACAUAGAGGCAUCCGGUUCAAUGUCAAUGGUGAGAGAGAAGUUUAGAUACCUGGAUGUCCCAAGACCAGAUUCCAUUGCCAGAAAGAUGCAGAUUCUAUCUUGAGAACUGUUUUUCUUGUGGCUGCUAGUGCAAGCUUAGGAUUUUUUAUCUUUUUGUCAAGAUACAGACAUAUAGGUCAGCUGGUGUAUAAUAUAUAUGAUUGUAUUGUUCUUAUAUAAAAGUGUUUUACUUACAGUUUUGUAAAUCUGGUUGUCCUUAAAGUUAGAUGAAGAAAUUAGGUAACCAAGUGAUGAUAGGGAGACUAAGCAAUACAUGCCAAAUUGUCAAUGCUAGUUUUUUUGUACAAGUGCCUACGUUGUUUUCAUGAUGGAAAUUAUGAAGUUUGUUUAUGAUCAAGAAAAGUCAA